ACGCGCAUUUGGAGUUCAGAGCCCAACAAGCAAGCAGUGGAGCGCCAUUUUAAACUCGAUCGUUUUUGUGCUAUUCGGAGCGAGAGUUAUUAUUUUUAACCCCGAAAAAGUGUCCCCAAUCGUGCAUCAUUCUGUUUUUGCGCGUAGAUAACAAGAGCAAAGUUCCUCUCGAGGAGAGACUAACCCAGGACGACGCGUGUGCUUCGAUCGCGCUCCCCCUCCCCCGGAGGAAGAGGUUCUCCUGGGCGGACGUGGUGCAAUAUUUUUAUUGGCACCUCUAGCGCGUGUCCGACGACGACCUAGUUGUUGCCAUAUUAUAUAUUUCAUAUAAAUCAUAACAACUCAAAGCUUUCAGUGUUAUCAUCGUGUGCGUGCCCUUGCAUAUACUAUCGGGAUAUCGGGAAUAUCGGGAUCUGUGAUCUGUGUCGCGUGUGUGCAUGUGUGUGGUACCCGUGGGGCUCUCGCGGUGAGGCUGAACCCGGGCAGAGCAGACAUCCUCUUCGAGAACUCGCACCCAAAACGUGGGAUUCUUUUGGGGAACGCCCAAUGAUGAUGGUGAUGAUGACGAGGAUAAUUAUCGUUCGUCAGUAUCAGUAGUGCUGCUCGUUGACGUCGUCAAAAAUGCUGUGAUAAAGCGUGUCCGGAGUUUAAGACUUAAUAUUAAUUUGUAAAAAGGAAGCAUAACUGCCCAAAGAUGUCUGGUGAUGCGAAAGAAAUAGUGGAGGAGUAUAUCUCUUCCCUGACGGAGCUUACAAACAACAGUAAACCCUUGAUAAGCAUGUUAACAAUUUUAGCAGAGGAUUAUAUUGAACAUGCCCCUGCUAUAGUUGAAGCAGUCGAAGCUCAUUUAUUUAAGGUAUCAAGCGAGAUUAAGCUACCCGUGCUCUACCUCAUCGACUCGAUUAUCAAAAAUGUCAACAAAGCGUACCUGAGAUUGUUUGCAAAAAAUAUCGUCAAUAUGUUCUGCCAUGUCUUCGAAAAGGGGAACGAGAAUACAAGGAUGGGCAUGUGGAAGGUGAGAACGACGUGGAAUGAAGUGUUUCCGGCAAAAAAGUUAUACGCCCUGGAUGUUCGAGUGCAAAAAAUUGAUCCAGCUUGGCCUAUAACGUCCAAGCUACCCGCUGGUACAAAAUUAUCAAGUUCAAAGUCUUCUUCCAAGCAUCGUGAGGCAUCAGCACCAGCCCAACCAACGCCACCGGUGUCUAAAGUAUCUCCAGUUCAGCCUACGGCAACGGUCACGCCGACGGUUGUAAUUCCCGCACCUGUGGUUAAGCUGCCGACUUUAACCAAACCAGCGACGGCUACCGAGGCUGAGAUGCAACAGGAAUUGAUUAAAAAGCAAAAACUGCUGCUCGAGUUGCAAAAGCAAAAAUUAGAUUUGGAACUCAUGCAGGCAAAGGCAAACCUCGAGCAGCAGCGCCGACAACUCGACAAACAAACUACUCUGCUGAAGCCAGAUCUAGCCGUGCCACCUGAGGAUGACUUGGAACUAACGGUUGAAGCGUCAACUCCAUCUAAUAAUAUUUCAAAUACAUUAGACAAGCACCCUGGUGCGAUUAGUCUCUUUAAACCGACAGAAAACAAAAGUGGCGUGAGAAUAGCCCCUGCCAGCAGUAUAGCUGUAGCUGCCGCGAAGCAAAUAGCAGGUCGUGAUCCGCGACUCAAAUUACCUGCUACUGUGUCCAAAGAAAGCAUUGAAGAACUUGCAAAGCAAAAAAUCAUGCAACACCUAAACAAGCUGCAGCAACAAAACAAUGCAAGUUUAUCGCUAAACAACGAGUCCGUUGUUAUGGCGACUAUCAAUAAUAAAACUGUCGAAAAUCAAAGGGUGGAUGGAAGCCAAAAGAAAGAUUCUGCUGGCUCAAACUCCUCGCUUCUUAACAACAACGUUGUCAAAGACUCGUCAAAAAACUCGAGCGCAAAAAGUUCCUCGUCUCGCGGUAGAUCCACGAGAAAAAUAGGCUGCAAGACCCGCUCGAAAACACCCUCCCCGUCCCCGUCGCCUACAAAAAGUAAUAAAUCGGACGAUAAUUCGCCUUCACCACCCGAGAAACGCUCGAAAAAGUCUUCGAAAUCUCGCAAAGCCCGCAAUCCUAGUCCUUUAUUACCUAGCACCGCAUCGAGCAACAGUAACAGUAGCUCAUCGUCCUAUCGUAUCCCCAAGCAUUCGUCUGCACUAGACGCGCCUGGUAGUAACAAGUCGUCCUUACCAACAACGCCAGACGACGAGGAGCAGUCGGGUUCUCCACCGGACUCGCCACCCUAUGACCCGGCGGCUCCGAUCACGAGCUUCAAAAACCUGCGGUCGAGCACGCGACAUAGAAAUUAUAUCAGGCGAAACAAGGAGGGUAGCAGGAGCCCCGAAAGUGGCGCUGAGGACGCAGGCAAGGACGUCAGUUUGCCAGACACCAGCAAAGAUGAGGAUCUCAGAGCACCACUAGGUAGCGUUAACGUAGUGGUCGCGGCCGCGAGCGCUGCCGCACUUGAGAAAAUGUCUCACCAACUUUUUACAGAAGAUUUAGAUCUGCGCGUGCUUGCGGUGCCAGGUGGCAAGAGGCAAAACACUGACACCACUGAUGCUUCAAGCGCCAAAAAGACCAAGACUGGUAGAUUCGAUACGCUCUUUGGUAGCGAGGACGUUGAUUUGCGCACUUUGACAAAUCCGAAUGCCGGCAGGCCGUCAACUACACCGCCCCCAGCCAUAGUCGAAGACAAAGACAAGGAUAAUAGCUGGGCCAAGCUGAAAACGCCGAUAAAGACGGAAAAUGACGCGCCGAGACCGCUGCAAGAUCGAAAUCGCGACAAACUAGGUCGGCCGCGCUUCUACAACAAAAUCGGUGCCUCACCCGAGGACGGGAAAGAGCGCCGCUUCCGGGGACCCAACAUGAUGGCUCGCGAGUUUGACAAGCAGAACGAGCGCAAUAUCGAGAUCAUCAUAAAGCAGGCUGCCGAACAGCUCAACCAGGGCGAGAUCACCAAGACUCAAUACAACAAGCUAAUUCAAAACGUGCUGCACAUGAGCGAAGAUCAGAAGCUCAGGGCGGCCCAGCGCAAGGAGCAGGAGAUGGGCAUGCUGAUGUGGGAAAAGGGCGAGGGCCCUAAUAUCCCUGGCGCCGCUGCAGUUCCUGGACAGAUCCUCGGUAACGAGGAGAACAUUCGCAAAGAUUUUCCUCCAGUGAUACCGCAUCCACGGGCUACUGGCCCCCAGAGCGUCCCUAGGUGGCAGGGCCCUUGGCACCCAACCUGGGGACCACCGCCUUCUCACGGAACGCCUAUAUUCACAAGUGCACCACCUCCGCCCUUUCCCCCCGCUGGUGGCCCUCCUAUGGGUGCCCCCUGGCAGAACCACCCAAGAAUGUUUGGUCCCCCUCCUGUACGAACAGAGUUUCCGUACCCCCCGCCAUUCAACCCACGCAUGGUACCACCUCCUCCGUUGGGCACGAAUGGCCCGAUGAUGAUGCCGAACGGCCCGAUAAAUCCCACGAUGGCCAUGGGCUCGAUGCCCGGAGGGCUGAUGAGCCAGAUGCCGCCCAAUAUGAUAAUGGGCAACGGGCCAAUGAGGCCCGACAUGCAAAAACGCCUGUCGCCAACGAACAGUGCCGUCGCGUCCGCCUCUAGCUUGGUUAAUAAUGUCAGCAGACCAGAAACGGAUAUGAACAGCAGCACCCUCAAUCUGUCCGGGGGACAGGUGAGCAGCGGAGAACUACCUUCCGCUGAUCCGGCGCUGCUUGAGGAAAUAGCCAAGGAUACCAUGAAGUCCAUCAACAUCGACAAUAUACCGCGAGAAAUCAGGUACUAUGGCAACAUUGGCAUCGUCUUCAUGAACUGGGACGAUCCGAGAGACAUUGGCUUUCAGGGCGGAUCUAGGAGGAUAUUCAUCAAUGGAAAGGACUCCAUUGUGUGCAAUUUCAACGAAGACUACAAAGAGUUUACGUACGAAGGGGAGAUUCAUAGGAUAAAGCUUGGCACACCCACCAGAGAGUUGUAUGUGGAUGGUAAGUGGUACGAGUGUUACUUUGGCGGUCGUCCGAUCACCGUCGAUCUCGGUAACAAAAAAGUAAGCAUCAAUUUGGAGGGGCCGAUUCCUCAAGUAAAAAUCGGCACAAUCCGGCGGACAGAUCUCGUUAUCGGUAAAAUAAAUCUAAUCAUCAACGCAAGAAAUAUGGUGCCAGUCUUCCUCGAUUCCAAGCCCCAAAUGUUUGAAGUUGAGGGUGUGCCGUGCUCCCUGGAAUUCGCAGACGCCCUGCAAACUGUCCUUUUAAACGGCAAGCCAUUCCGCGUUGAGUUCGGUGGCUUGCCAAAGCCUGUGAUUAUCGGAGAGAAAAAGCACUUUAUUCGCUUCUCUGUCCUUCCACGAGGCAUACGUGCCGGCCACGUUAAAAUCACAGGCAUGAGAGGCGAGCAACCAAACUUCAAUCAAUCAUCGUCAGCAGUAACAUCUGCGGUCACUACUCAGACUACCAGUAAUCAUCUAGCCAUGGCGUCGACGAAAACCACGACGACGACUCUGGCUUCGUCGCUAACGAUGCCGGCAACCUCUAUAGCUAGCACGCCUCCCGCGAAUCCCAACAUCCCACCCGGUCUUGAUCUCGACUCAACCUCUCAGGACGGCACGGACACUCCAGGCUCUGUCUCCAAGUCCUCUGAUCUCCAAUUAGACGUGCUCUCCUCCAUCGUACCUUCAGUCAUGGCACCGUCUUCGGGGCUCUCCUAUCAGGCGGAACCGGCGGAGAACCCGCAACCAGCACCAGCUCCGGCUUUUUCUUUGCCAACGAAUAUAAGCGAACUGUUCCAGAGGCUCGUCGAGACCGGUAUCGUGCCCAGUCUCGACUUGUCCAAGAGACAGGAGGAAGAGGAGAGGAGAGAGCCGGAAAUGAUUCCCGUGUCGUUUGACAAACCAGAAACAUUGAAAAUGAAACAACCAGCUAUGGUGUCGGCCUUGUACACCGGUAUGCAGUGCAGCUCUUGCGGGGAGCGUUUUACGCCGGAAAUGGCCACUCACUACAGCCACCAUUUAGAUUGGCACUUUAGGCAAAAUCGUAAAGAGCGCGACUGUGCAAAGAAACCACAAUCGAGAACGUGGUAUUACGAUAUCCACGACUGGACACAGUUUGAAGAAAUAGAGGAUCUUGACGAAAGAACGCAAAGCUGGUUUGAAACUGAAAAACAGGCUAGUGAUGCGGAUGGAGCUGGGGGUGACAAUGCUCUCACAGAUUUGGAACAGCCAAGCAUUCCAGCUCAAGGCCCUAGUCCACAUAAAUGCGAAGUUUGUCAAGAGAUCUUUGAGCAAUUCUUCAAUGAAGACAUCGAGGAAUGGCACAUUCGGCCAGCCGUUACUUACGAAGGCAAAAAUUACCACCCUCUCUGCCUUCAGGAUCAUAAGGAAAAACUUCUUGCGAUCUCUCUUGAAAAAUCGACUUCAGUACUUGAGGUAACUGCAACCGAGGUAGAAGUAGCACCACCUAAAGAAGACCUGGAAGUGGAAAUUGAAAUCAAGGAAGAGCCAAUAGAUGAGAAACCAAUAAUAAAAGAAGAACUAAUCGAGAUGAUGGAGCCGAUUGAAGAAGUGCCGCUUUUACAGCCAGGCGAGAUUGUAAAAUCGCCAAAAAUAGAGGAGGAACAUAUAGUCGAUGAGAUGGACGACACAGAACUUAUUGAAAUCAUUGAACCACUUCCUCGAAAGAUAGAAAUCGAAGACCUCGUUGAUGAUUCAUCAGAAGAAGAAACCAAAGAGAGUAUCAGAGAAGAAAUCGAAAGAGCGAAGGAGCAAUGCAAGAAACUUGAGGAAAAAAUACCCGACGACGUACCAUUGAUAUUUGAAAACGUUCGAAUAAAAGAAGAACCAGUCGACGAGCCAGAAUCCGAAGUGAGUGUACCCAAAUCGGCAGUAGUAGAUACGACUCAGGUGUCGGUCAAAAGCUCGAUGGAUGGCAAUAUUGAGCUAGAAUCCUCAGCCACCAUGGUAACACCAACAGCUCCAUCGAAAAUCAGGAUAAACAUGGCAAAGUCCGUCAAUACGACAGUUGUUAAAGAAGCCGUAGAUGCCAAGAAAAAAGAGAAAGAUGUGAUCAAGAGUACAGCACCGACUCCAGCACCAGCUAAGCCUCUUUUCCCUGCGGCCAUCAAGCCCUCGCUCCAGGGCAAAAAACUCUCGAUACUGCCGACAGUGGAAAAGGGCCAUGAGCUAUCGGCUCUUUGCAGCAUAAUGUAAAUAUAGGGAGCAGAUCUCUCGCG